AUGGCUGCCCUCUUGAGUGCAGAUCCGACCAGAUGUUCUGCUCCCCCCAUCGUCUGCGAUAAUGCCACGGCCCAGAAGUGCGGCUCGAAGGCGGCCUCCGACGAACAUUGCGUGGCCAUUUCGGAGAUCUGCUUCUUUGCCAGCGUUUAG